AUGUCUCAAAAGAAACUUACCACAGUCGGCAUGCGUGCCCUGGGCAAAACUGAGCUCAAAACAGAGCUGGACAAUCUGAAAGAAGAAUUGCAACAGUUGAGAACGAGUCAAGUAACCGGCGGAGUCCAGAGCAAGUUGGCCAAGAUCAAGACUGUCCGAAAACAGAUCGCCAGGAUUUUGACGAUUAUGACUGACAAGCAGAAGCGAGCUGUGGCGCAACAGUAUGCCGGAAAAAAACUGAUUCCAUUGGAUCUGAGACCGAAACUGACCCGAGCAAAGAGGCGAGCUCUUACCAAGAAGGAGUUGUCGAUUAAGACUAAGAAACAGAUGAAGAAAGACAAGAACCGACCUCGUCUCACUUGCGUCUACAAACCAUAA